AUGGGUGCUCCUCUGCAUGACUGCCAGAACGACCAUAAAGAAUGCAACACAGUCAUAACCGAAAACAUGACAGAUGCCGAUCUGAUAAAAGCUAUGCAUCUCCACGAAAUAAGGGCUCGACAAGGAAGCGACAUAUGCCUAUCUUCCAGAGUACGCAAAAUCAAUAAGGUACGAGAACAGUCACGUCAUAGAUCCCUUUCCGCUGAAAGAAAACAUUGCAGAACCAACAGACAACCGCAAUAUGGCCGUGAAAAGGCUGAUAGCCCAAGUAAAGCACUUGGACGCACAUGGAAAAGAAAAAAUGUGGUACAAAAAAAAUCAUCGAACAAUACCUUCAGGAUGAUGCCAUUGAAGAAGAGUGUGGAAAGAAAACAAAACUACUCACUAAGGAUUGUAUUUGACGCAUCCUCGAAUCAGAGAGGCAGACUGUCUUCAAAUGACGUCUUAUACAGGAGUGCCACAUUCAUAAAUAAAAUACAUGAUAUCCUUACAUACAAUCUGCAUUUACACACAUUCGAGUACAAGAAAAUCGCCGCGAUCUCUGCUGAGUUGUAUGGCUGUGCGACCCGGACAAACCACCAUUUCAUAAUAACAUUGUGGAGUACCGAUGAUAGUGCGUCCCGUUUGGCACUACUGCCUCAUGCUUAA